GCUCCCUGUACAGUUUAGAAUUAAAUUUAAAAUCCUCCUCCUCACGUACAAAGCACUUAAUGGUCAGGCCCCUUCAUACCUGAAAAACUUAGUCUUACCUUAUCGCCCUAAUAGACCACUUAGGUCACAAAAUACAGGCUUACUUGUGGUUCCUAGAGUCUGCAAGAGCAGAAUGGGAGGCAGAGCCUUUAGUUACCAGGCUCCUCUCCUGUGGAACCAGCUCCCAAUGAUAGUUCGGGGGGCGGACACUCUCUCUGUAUUUAAAGUUAAACUUAAAACUUUCCUUUUUGAUAAAGCUUAUAGUUAGAGCUGGUUCAGGGAAACCUGGACCAGCUCUUAGUUAUGCUGCUAUAGAACUAGACUGCUGGGGGAUUUUUUAUCUGUGGUGCACGCACAUUCACUCUCUCACACUCAGGAUAUGAUUUUGACUUUUUAUAUGUCAUUAACCUUGUCUCUUUCUCUCCCUAGUUUGUGUAUUUCCUUCCUUCCCUCUCUCUCUCUCUCUCUCUCUCUGUGUAUUCUCAUCAUGCAGGUUGCGGGACCAAGAUCCAGUUUUCGAGGCUACCCACAUCAUCACCAUUAUUAUUGUGCUAUAAUUAAAAAGUCGAUAUCAUAAACUGUAUUAACUUGUAACUUGAUACAGUUGUUGUGUAUCUGCUCCUGGUCUCUCUCUCUCUUCUGUCUCUACCUCAUCUCCCUCUUGUCCUUUCUCUCCCCCCUUUCUGUCCCCCACCAUCCUCUGUCCCCGAUUUUCCUUUCACCCCAACCGGUCGAGGCAGAUGACUGCACAUUUCUGAGCCUGGUUCUGCCAGAGAUUUCUUCCUGUUAAGAGGGAGUUUUUUCUCUCCACUGAUGCCUAGUGUUUGCUCAUUGUGUGAACUGUUGGGGUUCUCUGCUCUCUUUGAUGUUGUCUAUGUACAGUGCCCUGAGAUAAUGUAUGUUAUGAUUUGGCGCUAUACAAAUAAAAUUGAAUUGAAUUGAAUUGAAGAGGGAGAGGGAGAUGAGGUAGAGACAGAAUAGAGAGAGAGCGACCAGGAGCAGAUACACAACAACUGUAUCAAGAAGUGUAAGUUUCACUGUAUGGUAUCUACACAGUGAAACUGUAGAAAAGUGUUUCUACUGUUACAGUAGAAACUGUAACACUGUGCCAGAGUAAAUGCAGAUGGGACCCACAAUACAUUACAUUACAUGUCAUUUAGCAGACGCUUUUAUCCAAAGCAACUUACAAUGGAAUUGAGUACAAUCAGUCAGGGGUGGGAUCAAACUUGCGACCAUGAUGUCUUUUGCAUACAGGGUACCAGUCUUAACCACUGAGCCACUCCACCCCUAUUUAUUACAAUAAAUAAGGGAUUUUUUUUCCCUCUCCCAAAGAAAUGUUGCAUUUUAAAAUAAAUAUCACCUUUAAAAAUGUGCAUUAGGAGCUUAAAAACUCAUGGAAGUCAUGUGCCAACAUAUGAACAUGCUGCUGAAAUGACCCAGGUUUUAGUGAAGAGAUGCCUAGGCAACUCUAUCUAUAACACUAUAUAAAAUAAAUGAUUAAACCCAUUUCAUUUUAUUUAGGCCUACAUGUCACUAUUGGUGAUAGAGUAAUAAAAACUUGUUUUGAAUUUAAAAAAUAAAAAAUGAUGAAAAAUGUUUCUCUGGAGCGUCAGAGACAACUCUGAUCCUCUGCCUGUUCAGGGCCAGAGCUCCGGCUGUGAUUGGCCAAUCUGGGUGAUUGACAGCUCGUUUUAAUCCUCUAAAUCAAUAGAAUCAGGCUCCGCAUGCUCAUAGGUCCUUCCGCUCGACCGUCAGAAGGACGCGAAUGCCUUCUCCUAUCAAAACGAGCUAAUGUCCGUCUGGAAUGACCAAUCGGAACGGGAACCGUCCCCAAAGCAUGCUGGGAAGUGUAGUUCACCGUUACUUCCGGCUUUGUUCCGGUGAAAACGGCUUGUUUUGCUCAACAACAAAGGUAAGACAACAUUUCUGGUUGUAUUUCUUGAACGUGAGUUGUUGUUUUGCUCUUAUUUUGCGGCUGGAUCCGUGACUUUUGGUCGUAGAGUGAUAGAAAUGGUAUCAUUGGAAGCUGUGAAGUCUCCACUAUGGAGCAGACAUUGUGACCAUCAGCGACCACCUACCAAUCAUUUAUAGUUUAUGACAACAUUUACAAAAAAUAUUCUCAAUAAGGACUGAACUGAUAAACCAGUUUGAACAGAACAGGCAAUGGAUGCAAGACUGGCAAAAGUCAUUCCUUAACGAGCACCACUUCACUGAUUAUAGACCUGUUUCACUUCUAAUUUAAACCAUUUUCACAGUCAGACUGGACAAAUUCUCUAUGAUAGUCAGUAUGGAUUUAGAACAAGUCAUUCCACAACAUUAGCAUGGACAGAUGCAUAGUAAGACAUUCUAUUCUCACUAUUAAGCAUGACAUUUAUGGGAUAAGAGGGAUAGUGCUAAAUUGGGUUAGAUGCUAUUUCAAUAACAGGCAACACAUCGCGAUGUGUUCAAGUAUCUCGGGGUCUUGUUCACGAGUGAGGGGACGAGGGAGCGGGAGAUGGGCCUGAGAAUCGGAGCGGCUGGUGCGGUACUGCAUUCGCUUUACCGCACGGUUGUGACGACAAGAGAGCUGAGCCGGAAGGCAAAGCUCUCGAUCUACCGGUCAAUCUUUGUUCCUACCCUCACCUAUGGUCAUGAAGGCUGGGUCAUGACCGAAAGAACGAGAUCGCGGUACAAGCGGCCGAAAUGGGAUUCCUCAGGAGAGUGGCUGGCUUUUCCCUUAGAGAUAGGGUGAGAAACUCGGUCAUCCGGGGGGAGCUCGGAGUAGAACCGCUGCUCCUUCACGUUGAAAGGAGCCAGUUGAGGUGGUUCGGGCAUCUGGUGAGAAUGCCUCCUGGACGCCUCCCAAGGGAGGUGUAUCAGGCACGUCCAGCUGGGAGGCCUCGGGGUAGACCUAGGACAAGGUGGAGAGAUUACAUCUCCACUCUGGCCUGGGAACACCUCGGGAUCCCUCAGUCGGAGCUGGUCAAUGUGGCUCGGGAAAGGGAAGUUUGGGGUCCCUUCCUGAAACUGCUGCCCCCGCGACCCGGCCCCGGAUAAGCGGAGGAAGAUGAUGAUGAUGACAUUGGAUGAUGGGAGAGUAUAAAAUGGAAUGUUUGGACAUUGUUUGUGGUGUACCACAAGGGUCAGUGUUCGGGCCAAAAUGAUUUAUUAUGUAUAUCAAUGAUAUACUGUAUGUAAAAGGUCUGUCAUUUUGCGGAUGAUGCAAAUAUCUUGGACACAGGGGUGAAUGUGUAGCAUCCUUUGAACUAGAUCACCUCAGAAAUGGAAAAAAAUUAAAGUGAUUUGACAUCAAUAAAUCUUUGGUGUGAAAAUAACAAUAAUAACAACAUUAAUCAUAUUCAAAUCAUCGUCUAAAGCAAAGCAUGUGAUAGACCAAAAAUCACUUUUAUCUAUCUAUAAAUUCCAGGAAUGUCUGUCUGUCUGUGUGUUAUAUGUGAAUUUCUCUGUGAGAUGAAUAAAGUAUCUAUCUAUCUAUUCGCAUAUCUGUCUUUCUGAAGGUUUAUUUCACAGCUUUCAGCUUUGAUGAUCACUUCAAAGGCAACAGUGCCGUAGUGAAUGUCAGUCGGGUUCUGUGGACCGUAGGGAAUCUUGGCGGCGAGUCCGGCGGCAGCUUGAAGUAAUUAACACCAUCGUGGAACCUGGUGAAAACCACUCGGCUGUAGCCGUCGGGCCGUCGUCGCUCGCUGCUCAGACUCAACCGUCCUCGAAGGAGAAGAAACAUCUCCAAAACCUGCGGUGGCUCCGCCUCCUCCAACGCUAAUGAUGGCACCAAACGACCGGUUCGUGGGUCCAACGGGCCUGAAGAGGGCACCGCAGGUUGUGACUGUGCAGCUGCUGAUGAGUUCUGGAGAUGUACAGCCAAGACUUUUAAUUUGAAAGGGAUUUUGCUGUGUCCUGUUUCAUGUGUUCAUCUCUUAAUUGUGUAUGUGUGAGAUUUUGUGUAUGAAGGCUAGUUUGAUUGACAGGACUACGAAGUUCGUUAUCUUUAACACGACUGACCAAAACUCGGAAUCGUCGAGUCUUGGUCCGAACAACUGCUGCAGGUUUGUAUCCACGGAAACCGUCCAAUAAAAGCAACAGUCGUCCAGGAGGUUCAUCAUAGCCCAUAGUAGUAGUGUGUGUGUGUGUGUGUGUGUGUGUUGUCAGAUGUGGGCGGAGCUAAAAAGCUUGUUCUAAUGUCUCUUCAUUCCGCAGCCAAUCAGAAUGUAUUUCCUGGCCACGACACAGAGCUGAUUGGCUGAUGCUGUGAUGAUGUCACAUGGCCUCUCACCUCUGUGUUGCUGUGUAGUUGCUAUGGAAACAGAUAAAAAAGUGUCCACGUUCAUUUGAUUUGUUGUGUGAGAAUGUAAACAACAAAAAUGGCAAUAAAUAAAAACAAAAAAGGAAACGUUUGAGUGGGAAUGUAAAAGAUGAGUUUGUGUGCGUGUGUGUAUGUGUUUGUGUGUGUGUGUGUGCGUCUGUGUGUGUGUGUGUGUGUGUGUGUGUGUGUGUGUGUGUAAGGGUGGAGCUAAUAGAAAGUGAAAGUGUCUCAGCUUGGUGGACAGAAGAUGCUCUGACAUUGCACUGUAUUCUGGAUCCUGGUCCUGAAGAUGUGGCGUCACCUUGUGUGCUGUACGAAUCAACAGGACUGCAAAGAACAUGAUCUCCUUCAUCAUGUAUUCAUGAUGAGAGGGUGAAGGUGUUGGAUGUUGAUCAGGAGGCGUGGAGGAGAACCCAGCAGCGUUCUGCAACCAUCACAGGCAGCAGAACCACAUGCUCCAUGAAGUGGAAGCGUCACGGGAGGAGGAGGAGCUGCUGGAGGAGGUGAGCAGGGGGCUGAUCGACCGGGAGGAGCAGCUCUUCAGUCGAGGUUUGUCCAGUGAGGACGAGGAACAGCUUCAGAAGGACUUUAACUCUCUGAAAAAGCAGCUAUGUUUGGUUGUGGAGAACAUCUUCACCUCCUCUUCCUCACGACAGCUGGACACUCUUCGGAGUGCAGUGGUCUCCAUCCAGCAGCAGGAGGCGCAGGACCAGUGCUGGGCAAGUCGGCCCGAUGACAGGCGGCCAACAUGGCGUCCUCUAAAGUGUGUGAGCUCCCACAAUGCUCUGCUGCAGAGUAUAGUUGAGUCCAGACUGAGGGAGGCAGCAGAGGACGAGUCCAGUGGAGGUGGUGAACUGUCCUCAGCUGUGAAAAGACAGGUGUAUCGUAUGGGGAGACGUGUGGAGGACGAUCUGCUGCUGGUGGUGAGGACGGUGCAGGACUGUUACCCUUCUGAAAUGGACAUCCUGAACAUCUGUGCUCGACUCUACCAUCAGUGGUUUUCUGCUCAGCUGAUGGAGAUCACUGCUUCUGGACUUAAUGUGGACGACUGCAGCUAUGUGCUCUUCAUGGUCAAUCAUCACUAUCCAGAUUCUUUAUUAAAACACACUGAGCUGCAUGGAAAGAUGAACAGCAGCUGUGUGAGUUCUCUGCUGCUGCAGGACCAUCUGCAGCAGCUGGAGGACCAGUACCUGUCCUACAAAGAGGACAAAGUGAAGAUUUGGCUGAACAAGAUUUUAAAGACAGAAGAAGAGAGUUGGCUGAAAAACAAAGAACCAGAAAUCAUUGACUCGUACUUCUACAGUCCCCUGGCUGUGGACGUCAUACAGGUGAUUGACAGCUUUCUCACAGAGUUUGGUUGCGUGAUCCGAGACCAAAACAAGACUCAGAGGAUCACAGCUCACCUGGAGAGUUUCCUCAGCAGUUAUGAGAAGAGUUUUGAGGCAUUUGUGCGGGGUGACCAUGGUAACCAUGGUAACGUGGCCUCUGUGGUCAAAGCUCAGCUGGUCUGUGAGCAGCAGCUCAGGGAUUACAUUACUGAGUCAACAGUGUGUGUAUGCGAGCAGCAAAGACGUCGCUGUCUGGACUCUCUGACUGCCCUGAGGGAUUAUGGGUACAGGUAUUUCACCUGUCCACUAAAUGUCCAGAUGAAGGUAUGUUACAGUAAGCUGUGGACACCUGUCUGGUUGGACGGGUCACCUGUUGUGGACUCUCUGCUGGACACUCUGAGUGACCAGCUGAUGGUGCUGACGGACCUAAAACCAGCGUGUAGAGAGUCCCUGCUGAGUGUCCUCCAUCAGGAUGUUGUCCUUCGGUACCUGAAGAGGGUGAUGAAGAUCACGAAGAAGAGCAGAGAGCAGCAGGUGGGUGGAGCCCAGCAGAUGAAUGAGGAUGCUCAAAAGAUCAACAACUUCUUCGAAGAGAUGGUGAGACAUGGCUGUAGUAAACCUUUAUGGCUCUGUGACGCCCUCUGCUGUGUUGCUGAAGUUCUGCGUCUGCAGGAUCCACACUCUGUUCAUCUGGAGGUUAUCACUUUGGCCCGAAAGUUCCCCGACCUCAGUGACGACCAUGUGUCAGCGCUGCUGUCGGUGAAAAACGGCCUAUCAGCUGCUAACAUCCGCUCUAUCCGCCGUUCCGUCAAGGAGAACCGCCCACCCACCAAUCACAGCCCUCCAUUUUUCUCUAGGAUCCAUCUGAAACAGAUCGAUAAGUUCAAACAUCAUGCUCGCAUGUUCACCCGUUAGCCUGUUAGCAUGUCAACAUCUCAGUGAAGAGCAUGUGGAUUAUAAUUGUAUCAUUGUGAAUUAAAACAAAUACUUUGUGUUUCGGGUCAGGGUUCUAGUGUCGAGUCAACGUUCUAGUGUCGGGUCAACUUUCUACUGUCGGGUCAGGGUUCUAGUGUCGAGUCAGCGUUCUAGUGUCAGGUCAGGCUAUGGUGUCGGGUCAGCGUUGUAGUGUCGGGUCAACGUUCUAGUGUCGGGUCAGUGUUCUAGUGUCGGGUCAGGGUUCUUGUGUCGGGUCAACAUUCUAGUGUCGGGUCAGCAUUCUAUUGUCGGGUCAGGGUUCUAUUGUCGGGUCAGCGUUCUAGUGUCGGGUCAGGGUUCUAUUGUCGGGUCAGCGUUCUAGUGUCGGGUCAAGGUUCUAGUGUCGGGUCAGCAUUCUAGUAUCGGGUUAGGGUUCUAGUGUCGGGUCAGGAUUCUAGUAUCGGGUCCGGAUUCUAGUGUCGGGUCAGCUUUCUAGUGUCAGUUCAGGGUUCUAGUGUUGGGUCAGAGUUCUAGUGUUGGGUCAGGGUUCUAGUGUCGGGUCAGCGUUCUAGUGUCAGGUCAGGGCUCUAGUGUCGGGUCAGCGUUCUAGUGUCGGGUCAGCUUUCUAGUGCCGGGUCAGGAUUCUAGUGUCGGCUCAGGGUUCUAGUGUCGGGUCAGGGUUCUAGUGUCGGGUCAGAGUUCUAGUGUCGGGUUAGGGUUCUAGUGUCGGGUCAGGGUUCUAGUAUCGGGUCCGGAUUCUAGUGUCGGUCAGCUUUCUAGUGUCGGGUCAACGUUCUAGUGUCGGUUCAGGGUUCUAGUGUUGGGUCAAAGUUCUAGUGUCGGGUCAGGGUUCUAGUGUCGGGUUAGCGUUCUAGUGUGGGGUCAGGGUUCUAGUGUCGGGUCAGUGUUGUAGUGUCGGGUCAGGGUUCUAGUGUCGGGUCAGCGUUCUAGUGUCGGGUCAGGGUUCUAGUGCCGGGUCAGCGUUCUAGUGUUGAUUUCAUGAUGAUGUCACAUGAUCACAAUCAAAAGAAAAAAAUCAAUCAUUCAAAUGUUCGACAGCAGAUGUUUUUUCAGGGUUUUUCUCAGCUCUAUCAAAACUAUGACAUCAUCACUAUGACAUCAUCUCUAUGACAUCGUCUCUAUGACAUCAUCUCUAUGACAUCAUGUGUUGUUGACAAAAUAAACAGACAAUGAUUUCA